CAUGACAGGGUGUCCAUGGGGGAGGACAGUCGGCAGGCUGCCAGCGCUUCAAUCAAUGCAACAGGGAUAGCUUGGCACCGGGGCUGGCCUGCUUUGAUUAACUUCGAUCGUCCGUGAUGAUUUUAUUUGCAGUGUGCUUUAAGUUAAUUGUGUCGUCGCGAGUAGCAACAGACUUUUUAAAUGCAGUUUUAACCGCCAUUGCAGGUGUUUCGGUUUAACGAGUGACCGAGUUAACUGGUGACUCUCAGCAGAAUGAGUCGUGGUUGCUCGUGGUGACGGCAGCUUCAACAGUCUUCAGUUUUACUUAAACCAACUUUAAAUACAUACUCAUCCGUGUUUAUUAUCUACGCUAACCGUUUACAUAAAUUAAAUUGUAUUCAGCAAGACGCAUUCACCGUUUCUUAUAAUGUGGGAAACAAAGUGUAACUUAGCCUAUAAAUUGGCAGUGCAGUUCUAGCCUAUCUUGGGAUUUUAUACAGUUAUCCUCAAUCGGAAAGUGGCCACAUAUUCAACUAAUUAACCUGUAUAAUAAGUGUCAAAUUUCUCAUAAGAUGCUAGCUGCUCUGCUUAUCUAUAUUUUUCUCCACAUAAAAAGAAACUACGAAAGGUGUAUGAUUCUUGUUGUAGGAUAAAAGGGACUAGACUAAUAUAUAUUGUAUUGAACAUUGAAUUUAAGAGAAUUUAAGGCUUAUAGAAGGACACCUACGUGUUCUGCCCGUCACUACGACAACCACGGACACAUUCGGCCGAAAGUCACCAGAUAACACGGUCACUCAUUAAAUCGAAGCACCGUCAUUGCACCAACAAACAAGAGCUGUGUGGCGGCUCAUCUCAAACAAGGAGUAAAUUGUAACCUCUGCUUCGACCGAAACGGUAUCGUCUCUUUAAACGGACAAAGACAAGCUUCAUUCGCUAGAAAACGGGAAAGAGAAGCUAGCAGCAGGCUACAGUAGCUACUUAGCUGAGUUGGCUACGGCAAGAACUUUUUUUGGCAAGAUACCGUUAUCUACUUUAGAUAUCAGCUGUGUUUUUAAUCUGCUGGGUUCUGGCCAAAGUUCCAGGUAUUGGAUAACAUUACAACCAUUGCUGUCAGAAUACCUCCGUACAGCAGAUACAAUGGGGGCAUAAUGCACGUUGUAGUUGCAAAAGUAAGCUAACAUCUUGCUAGCUUGCAAACCAUACAAGUUUUUAACGUGACUCACUGGCUGUAAAUGAAUGUGACGUAACUUAUCCCGACAUCGGGUGUUGCCUGGCUGUCGUCCCUCCACCGAAACGCUGCCGAUGUCUCGUGUAUGACCGGAGAAGAGACUUUGUAUUGUCUCCUGUCACGCCUGGGACACAAAACCAUCGAUUAUAUUUAACAGGAAUACUUGGAAUUCUAUGACAAUAGUAUGAUGGGAUCUCUGAAGGCUCUGCAGGAGUGGUGUCGGAUACAGUGUGAAAAUUACAAUGAGGUGGAAAUAAAGGACAUGUCAACGUCCUUUCGGGACGGUUUGGCAUUCUGUGCCAUAAUACACCGUUACAGACCAGAGCUGAUAGAUUUUGGCUCGCUGUCUAAAGAAAAUGUCUACGAGAACAACCAACUGGCGUUUGAAGUGGCCGAAACACAGCUGGGAAUUCCAGCCCUGUUGGAUCCAGAGGACAUGGUUUCCAUGAAAGUGCCUGACAGGCUCAGCAUCAUCACCUACGUCUCCCAGUACUACAACUUUUUCAAUAACAAGUCUCAAGCAAACCCUCCUUGUAUGAAGAGGAUUAGUUCGGUCAGUCACAAUGAGCCAGCCCAGAAAAGGCCUCCAACCCCUUUAGAAGAAAAAGCGGUUGAGUCUGAGCUGAACAAGCCUGCCGAGGCAGGUAUAGAAGCGGUUGCAGCGGUGAAGCGCAGCACGCUCAGCAGCACCUGCGCCGCCUGUCAAAAACACGUCCAUCUGGUGCAGAGGUUUCUGGUGGACGGCAAGCUCUACCAUCGCAACUGCUUCAGGUGCACCGAGUGUCAUAGCACUUUGCUUCCUGGAUCCUACAAAUUAGGAGGCGACUCUGGGGCGUUGGUCUGUACACAUCACCUCACAAGGCAUAUUUUAGCCGAUCAGAAUGGCCGGCCAGAUCUUAGUAAGAGACCUGCUGUAGUUCAGUCUGUCAGGAUUGGUCGCAGCACGACCCCUCACACCUCGGCCUCUGAGAGGGACCAGACAAAGAUUCCACCCCCAGUGAACAGAGCAAAUGAUAUUGACGCGCCCGCCAACAACUCUGUCACAGUCACUCCUGUUACAACAAACAAAGCAGACUCUUUAGAAAACACAAAAGAGAUGGAAGAGAGUGAAGAGACAGAGGAGAAACCACGUUCUUCUUCUCCUCCCAACCCUUUUGACGAGAGUGACGAGGAGGAGGAGGAGGAUGAAGGCGUAAAAGAGGAAGACACUCAAACACCAGACAAACACAAGGCCAAUGGGGACAUCCCUUCUGCACCCGUCAGUCAUCAGGAAGGUGUCAGUCGGCCAGUGCCGGCUCCCCGCCGGGUGUCUGAACCCGCCCCUCCUCCUCGCCCUUGCCCUCGGGUCAGGCUACCACGCACAGCAGACAGCCUCAUAGUCGGUGAACAUCAGAAGCCUCCGACUCCUCCCAAACCUCGAGAAAGAUCCCAGUCUCCUGGAAGCCUGUCCAGUGGCACCCAUAAACCCAAAGACCCGCCUUGGCUCGCCCUGGUCCAGUCAGAACACAAGAAGAAGAAAGCCCCUCCCCCUCCCCCCGCAGGACUGGCAACACCUCCCAAUGCAGGCUCUCUGUCCUCUCUCAAAGGCGAGGGCUCCAGACCCAGCACGCCCCCUCCGCCCUCCAACCCAUUUGACGAAGACGACGACGAUGAAAACGAGGCAGAGGAAGAAGAGGGGAGUGAAGGAAGUGCGAUUCCACCCACACUGGCGGCUACUCACCCGUGGUACCGCAUCACUCAGGCAGCUGAGGCCACAGGUGCAGACACCCCCCCCAAUGGAGGAAGCACGUCCCGCUCUGCCAGCCCAGGGAGCGGCAGGAGCAAGAAGCGGCCGGCGCCGCGUGCUCCGCAGCCACCUGCCGGUAACCAAGUUCUCAUUCACUCUCAGCCCUCCUCUUGCUCUCCCUCUCCAGCUCUCAGCAUAGAGAGUCUGUCCUCUGGCUCAGACCACAGCUCCUCCCAGCCCCCCUUGGGUGGCAGUGCCAGCAGCGACCAGGAACACUCCUUCACCAAAAGCGUCUCAGAGCCUUCCAUCUGUUCACCGUGCAACUCUACGGCCUCCCCUUCCUCCUCCUCCACCGAGCGUCUGCCUCAUCCUUCCCCGAGCCCCUCCCCUUCCCCCAUGCCGUCAAACGCCAGCUCAGCUCCAGCCACCCCACAGACCAGUCGCAGCUCGGGGACCAAAGGGGCUGGGGCCCCCCCACCACGACCCACAACGACCCCCAGUCCAUUGGCCUCAGGGGCUGGCCUUGCAUACAACAAGAGGAUUUGUAAGGAGAAUCCGUUCAACAGGAAAGCUUCUCCCUCCCCUGCUAAAUCCAAAACCAGACCCCCAAAAGGCCCUCGUCCUGCCAGACCUCCGGCCCCUGGCCACGGCUUCCCACUUAUCAAACGCAAGGUGCAGUCAGAUCAGUACAUCCCAGUGGAGGACAUCCACGGAGAGAUGGGUCAGCUGGAGAAACAGCUGGAUGAGCUGGAGCAGAGGGGGGUCGAGCUGGAGAAGAAGCUGAGAGACAACCCAAAUGAUGAGGAUGAGGAGCACCUAUUGGUGGACUGGUUCACCCUCAUUCAUGAGAAACACCUUUUAGUCCGACGAGAAGCUGAGCUGGUCUACACGGCGAAGCAGCAGAAUCUGGAGGAGAGGCAAGCUGAUGUGGAGUACGAGCUGAGGUGUCUUCUCAACAAACCAGAGAAAGACUGGACUGGUGAGGACAAGAACCGGGAGGAAGAGCUCAUGGCUGAGCUCGUUACCAUCAUUGAAGAGCGAAACCAAAUUGUCAACAACAUGGACCAGGACAGACAGAGGGAAGAAGAGGAGGAUAAACUAAUGGAAGCCAUGUUGAAGAAAAAAGACUUCCAUAAGGAUCCGGACAGCGAGCAGCAGCAGCAGAAGAAAAAAGGGGCAAAAUUCAAACCCAUUAAGGUUCUUAAGCGGCUGAGCCAUAAAGGAGAACCUGGUAAAAGCCCCAGCCCCCGCAAGGAGAAAAGCUGAACAGCUGAGAAAGGACACAUUCUCCUCCAAGAGGAUAUGAGACUAUUUUAAAAAGAAAAUACGAAAAGGAUGUGAGAGAAGAAAUAACAUCAGGUCAAGGAGAAAAGAUGAAGUCUCCUCUAACUGAUACUAAUAACUUGAAGUGCAAUCCAGAAUCCACCCUGCUCACGUCUUACUUGAUGCUCCUCCAAAAAAAGUCUGUUUUAAGUUGCCUUUAUGUGUUUUUGAAAGAGACAGUAUAACAACUCAAGUGCUUUAAGAGCGAAUGCAUUCGUACGUGUAAGCUCCUCGACCAUUCAAGCUAGUGAAGCAUAGAGUAGGUUUCUAAAUUACUGCACUGAUUUGUUGUAUGUCGUUGCUUCACUAUCCCUGCCUUCAUCAAAGUUCAACAAAGAUUCAUCAGCUGGAUGCAAGUUAAUCCCUGAUAUCCAUUUAGGUUUAACAUGUUCUUCCUCAUCAAGUUCUCAUCCCGACUUGUUCGUCUGCUCCUCGUGUCCAAAGGUCAGCAGAUGGAUAUGUGAGAAGGUUUUACUCCAUGUCUUGCUUGAGCCUGUGGUACUAGUGAAAGUAAAAUGUUUUUUUUUUAGUUUUGUUUUUUUUAAAUAAACGUUGCUUUAAAUUUUGCAACCUCUUGAAAUGAUCAAUCAACAGUGGAUACCUGAGCUCCUCUAGCUGCUAUGAUACGGUCAUUUAUGGUCUCCUUGUAUUUAGUCUCUUCAGCGGUAGUUCUGCAACGGUAUCAUGUAUAUAAAUUCAUCAUCAAAGACACCGUGGAUGAACGUAGAUACAGUAUUUAUGAGUGUGUCUGGAAAAAAAGCGGUUGAUUUUAGAAAAUGUGAGGCGUGGAGGAAAGCGUUAGAGAAAGUAUUAAACUGCUAGAAAGUUUUAUUAACAUGAAAGGUCACACAUGCAAUAGUGAAUAUUAGAAAAGGCAGAUAUAUUUUAACAACUGUAGAAAAAAAAACAGUUUAUAAGCGUUUUAACUUUUGGGGAAAAGCUGAAUAUGCAAUCAUUAAUUUAUAUUUUACUACGCCUUUCUGUGUGUUUCCAUGUUUUGCCUUAACAGUGGAUAGGAACAACCUUUUUGUACGAGUGCCAUUAAUUUAAUUGUGUACAUGUGGAUUAAUGUCAUCUGUCCGAGCUCAUGUAAAUGUCUGUUUGCUCAUUCUGUAAUUGUUUUGUCGUUUAGAUCGUCUUAAGUGUAUUUAUCCUCCAUUUGAGAUCUGUUGUGUGUUUCUGCUCUGUGCCUGUCUUCCUGUCCAGCUGAAACUAAGGGCUUCUGCAGCGCCACAUUUCUGUCAGCUAUUCAUCGUCCUAAAACGGCAGCAGGAUUCUAAAAAAAAUACUGACACUGGAAGACAGACGAAUAAAAUAAAUUCAUGCAAGUAG